GGCCGGCUCUCAGUCAAGCGUUCUUCCGGCUUACAUGUUGUUGCGAACGGGAAAAAAAGGAAAAGGAAAGACGAAUGGAAAAAUUGUAAUCCAGAAAAGCAGCGUUGCUUAGGAACUCAGCGAUACGGUGAACACCUGUCGUCGAGUGAAAUAAAAGAACGUCCGAAUGAGCUCCCAGCAAUUCCCGCGACACGGGCUGCCAGCCUCGAGCCCCGGGGGGGCUCCCCUCAUGCCCACCGGAGGAAACCUGGUGCCCAUCAGUCAGCCGGCAAACCCGCCAGCCGGUGCUGAAGCUGUGGACGGCGACCAGCAGGAGCACCCGCCGGCGGGGAGCGGCGGGGGGACCGUGGUGUUCCGGGACGACAAGCAGGAGACCAUGGUGGUCCGGCCGUACCCGCAGGUGCAGACGCACGGGCAGCCGCAGGCCGCCCCGCAGGCGAUUCCUAUCCAGCCCGGCGGCCCGCCCGUGGCCGUGGCCGUGCCCCCUCCGCCGGUGCACCUACCUCAGGGCCAGCCUGCGGUCCUCACUGACGGACAGAUGAAGGCGGUCCUGAAGUCCCCCAUGCCGAGCCGCCUGAUAGCCCCCGCGCCCGCUUCCAACCAGGGCCACAUCCCCAUCCCUCCCAAGGGACCGGGCCACAUGACGGCCGCCCCGGAAAGCAGCAGCGCCAGCACGCUUUCUAUUCCUGUGGCCACCAUCAGCGGUCAACAGGGUCACUCCAGCAACUUGCACCACCUGAUGUCGGCCAACAUCCAGAUAAUUCGAGGCAGCGCGCCCACGUUACAGAUCGGGACCCCCGCCGUCCCGCCGCAAACCUUCACGUCACAUCUACCGCGAGGCGCAGCCGCAGCCGCGGUCAUGUCCAGCUCCAAAACGGUUCUCCGACCGGCCACCGGAGCAGGCGCCGGCCCGGGCCAGCCUACUGUGCAGCACAUCAUCCACCAGACUAUUCAGUCCCGUCCUACUGUGACGACGUCCACGGCUGUGCUUCCCACCGUGGUGGCUCCCAUUUCAGCAACAAGGACCCAGUCCCCCAUCAUCAGUCCCACUGCCACACACUCUGCAGAGGUUGCUCAUGGGCGUCCCGGCCUGACCAUUCACUCGCCGCCGGCCAGCGUCAGCAUCCAGAGAUCUCAGACGUCACGCGACACGGCCACGCGCAUCACGCUGCCGUCGCACCCGGCCAUCGGAGCUCAGAAACCUCAGCCGCCGCACACCAUGACGCAGAAGCCAAUCUUCAGUUCCGUCACGCCGGUCGCUGCAGCCACAGUGGCGCCCAUCGUAGCCACCAACACUGUGCCCUCGACCACCUCUAUAGGUACCGUGCCCCACACUCAAAUGAGCAGCAACACUAUUGUCACCAUGACAAUGGCCUCCCACUCAUCCCACGCCACUGCAGUCACAACCUCUACCAUCCCCGUUGCCAAAGUGGUGCCGCAGCCCAUCGCCCACUCUUCGUCCCGCGUGCAGCCCGAGUACCCCGGAGAGAGGACAAACCUCAUCCCCAUCCAGGGCCAUCGCUCGUCGCCCAACCCCGUUACCAUGGAGCCGAGAAGCGACAACAGGCCCCCUGUUCCGGUCCAGUUCCAGUAUUUCCUGCCGACAUACUCGUCGUCGUACCCCCUGACACACACCUACACCCCCAUCAGCAGCUCUGUGUCCACCAUCCGUCAGUAUCCAGUGACUCCCCAAGCUCCGAGUUCAGCGCUGCCCAACCAGGCCGGCGUGGGCGUGGCCACCACCGUGCACCUCAACCACAUGCAGCUGAUGGCGGUGGACCGCAUCGGCCUCCCGUCGGCGCAGAUCAGCACCCAGGGCAUCCAGCCGGCGCCCAUCGGCGUGCAGGGCCUUCACCCGGGGGCGGCGUCCAUCGGCCCGCCGGGCCUCCAGCAGGGCGCCGGCGCAGUCCAGCAGCAGCAGCCGCCCACUGAAGCAAAAUCUGGUGUGGUCUUGGCUGAAGGCUUCGUAGCUAACCCAAUCAGCAGCACCACUCAGCCAGUCGGCACCAUGGUGCAGGCUCACGGCCAGGGAGGGGCGCCCACCCUGGUGUCCUCGCCGAGACCCAGCAUCCUACGCAAGAAGCCCACCACCGAAAGUUGCGUUCGCAAGACCCUUAUUCCCGCUCAGCCCAGUGAACCGAGCAGCGUCAGAAUGGAGAGCGGCGUGAGAGGGGCUGGCUCCCCCCGACCCGCGGGAGUCAAACCCAAAGCCGAGGUGCACAUGACGGUUGCCCCUCCGGUCGUGGCCGCCGUGGAUGCGCUGCCGCAGGGCGGCGAACAGCAAGCGAUGGCGGCGUCGGGCACCCCGCACCUCGCCCAGGCCCUGCCCGCCAUGCUGGCCACGCCGGGGACCGCGCCGCCCUCGCAGCCCUCCGCCGUCCUCUCGGCCCUGCCCGCUGCCAUGGCGGUGACUCCGCCCACCCCCGCCUCCAUGGCCAACACGGUGGCGUCGCCCACGCAGCCGGCCCCCAGCAGCACCGCCGCCUGUGUCGCCACCUGCCCCGACGUCAAGCUCAGGCCAGAGGUGGACACCGUGAACACCUCGCAGCCAGAAGCUAACUCCAACCCUGGCCUGAACGCCCAGGCCUCCGCCCUCAACGUGCCCCCCACGGGAGACCUGAUCCCCGGGGCGUCCCCGAGGAAGAAGCCUCGCAAGCAGCAGCACGUCAUCUCCACCGAGGAGAGCGAAAUGAUGGAGACCAACAGCACCGACGAGGAGAAGACGCCCGGGAGGCCCGUCACCGGCAGGGCCGAGCGCAGAGAGUCUCCCCCAAGGGAAUACAUCGACGAGGAAGGGGUGCGCUACGUGCCCGUUAGACCUCGACCGCCCGUCACCCUCCUGCGGCACUACCGUAACCCCUGGAAAGCCGCCUACCACCACUUUCAGAGAUACAGCGACAUCCGCGUCAAAGAGGAGAAGAAGGGCACCUUACAGGACAUGGCCAACCAGAGAGGGGUGGCGUGCCGAGCGCAAGGCUGGAAGAUUCACCUGUGUGCCGCACAGCUCAGGCAGCUGUCUGGUUUGGAGCACGACGUGUACAGCCGCCUGUCCUCCCUGCAGGAGGGCCUCAUACCCAAGAAGAGAGCCAGCGCAGACGACGACCUGCACCGCAUCAACGAACUUAUACAGGGCAACAUGCAGCGCUGCAAGCUGGUAAUGGACCAGGUGACGGAGGCGCGGGACACCAUGAUGAAAGUCCUGGAGCACAAAGACAAAGUUCUGAAGCUGCUCAACAAGAACAGUGCCGUCAAGAAGUCAUCCAAGCUCAAGCGCAAAGAGCGGGCGUGAAGCCCCCCACUGCCCCUGAAAACCCAACCGGAAGCCCUUUACCCACGCUCAGAAUCUGGUGCUACGAUCUGCUUCACACAAUCACAAGCACCAAACGUGGGCGACACGUGGCUGGCGGGGACCUUUUUAGGACGAGGUUCUCAGUCAUUUCUUUUGUUCAUUUCCGAAAACCUCAAAGACGAUGCUUGCUGACCUAGCUUCCGCCGAAGAGGCGAGGAGUGGUAAUGGUAACGUGAAGACCAACCUCAAACGUGCUCUUUUUUGUUUUGAUCGGUGCCUUCGUUGUGUUUUAUGGAUGAUUUACCGACCGCCAUUUUGAGAAAAAGUGGGAUCGUUUGUCACUCUUUUUCCCUCCACUUUGUAGCACCUCUGAAAAGAAAUUAGCUCCAUUUUCUCCUUGAUUAUUAUUAGGGGAGUUUGCAAUUUAAAAAAACAAAAACAAAACUUUUUUGUCAUAUUUGUUAAAAUCAUCUUUAUGACUUGACUGAAAUACAUGAUUAAUAGGAUUCAUGAUUCAAAGUUAUCUGGCCCCAUCUUGUUUGCUAUACAAGAAACCACCACACCUGAUCAUAACAACCAAUCAGAGUAAGAAGGCUUAAUUUACGGGGCGUCAAUCAUUUCUCACACACUCGUGGGCACACCCCUGCGGCCUUGCACUGACCUCUGACCUUGUUACCCCAGAAAAGCACCUUGUUCAUGAUGGAGCGCUACUAUAACACAAAAUGGUAUCGUUUUGAAGUUUUAGGUGUGGUUUCUUGUACAAUGGCGCCUUAACAUACAAGGUUCAAUUGUUCCGCGGCCAUGUUUGUCUCAAAUCAUCUUUCCCCAUAGAAAUUAAUGGAAAAGCAAUUAAUCGGUUCCAGCCCUCUUAAAAUAAAAACCAAAACAAUUGUUUUUGCCUCACAGGAAACAUUGUAUAUAGUAUUGUACAGUACCAUAUUCUAUAAAAACACAAUAAUAACAAUUGCUGUGCACAUAACCUGCAAAUGGAAAAUGUGAGCACAAAAAAUGGCAGUACCUAAUGUAUUGUCCUUGCUUUUUCUUCUUCUGUGGUGUCUAUGGGCAGGUGGCAAAGCAGCGUAAUGGUGUGUUACUGUCACCAACUGAUAUUGUCCUUCCACUGCAAGGAAACCGAUGUGAAUUGAUGGUGGCCGGAUGUAAUAAAGAUUGCUGCCACCAUCUAGCGGUAGGAGGGUCUGAAGUCCACUUAUAUCGUGAAUAUUUACUCUUAUCUCAAGACCAAAAAAAAUAAAUCAGCCAAGCGACUGCUUGUAUCUCGAAAAACUUCUAAGUCAUGGUACCCGUAUCGCAAGGCACCACUGUAUAUCAAAUUAGAGAGACAAGAUGGGGCUAAAGGUGGCUGAUUGUUGUUUUUUGUUUUUCGUUUUUUUUCUACUGAUAAUUUUAAUCAUGAACUGUCAACUCAUAACGACUCUCAUCAAAUAUGAUAUAUUGUAAAAGUCCCUCAAAAAAGAUGUAUGCUAUACAGUGCUGCGGAUCGAAAAAGUCUGGGAAUAAUUGACGGAAAAAGGGUUUGUAAUUGCCUAUCAAUGUUACACAAUGGCAACAUAGCAAUAUUUGUAUGUUAGACGUGGUUUGCACAGAACACAAAAACAGCGAAUAGGUGAGUUUAUGCGAUUAACGGAGGAUAGGUUCCCCGCAAAAAAAUAAAAAUCGGCGAAUUGGCAAAUGUGGAAAUGCCAAACUGGUAUAUGCGGAGCUUUGAUGGAAUUUACAAUUCAACUAAAAUGUUGCCCCACCCAAAAGGGCAAACAAAAUGGAAUUCCAACCAUGAGUAAAUCCUGUAAGACCAGCGAGGAGUCUGAAUGCGAGUGAAGCAAAUGAUAUUGACUUUUCUGCACCCCGCUAUGCCAAGCAACUAAGUUGAACUGCGGAGAGGACUUUCAUUUUGUCAAGCGAUAGCCUUGUCUAAUAGAAAAAUAUUGCUUGGUGUUGUGGCAGCUACAGGCAAUUACAAACCUUCUUGAGUGGGCGUCAACUACUCACGCAUUUUCACUAUUAGAAUAGCAGAGGUUCACUAUAAAUGGAAAAUGCGUAAUCGGGAGGAAUCGUUCAUGGGUUUUUUGUUUCUUAUUUGAGAAGGCAGAGAAGGAAUUGUAAUGGAGCGUCCUCAUGUUCACAAGGCUGUACAUCACUGUUUAAAUGUGCUCUUCUUUUGUACUCCCCCUAAAAUGGAGACAUUUUGUGCCGUGCGAUGUGUAAAAAACAAAACAAAAACAAACAAACAGAUUUCACACAGAGAGAAUUGUAGUGAGUCAGGAUCAUUCAGCCCAGAUGUUGUACAUUGUUUUUGUCUGUACGUAUAGUAAAAAUGCUUCAACAACA